AAGAUGGGCAACUACUCCCGUCCGCCAUCGUGGCGGGCAUGGUCAAGAAGAAGGCCUAGGGAAGCAACUGCGGCGAACCGGCGGUGCAGAGGCGGCGGUUGCGGCGGCGGCGAGGCGCAUUGGGGACGGGAAGAAUUGAGAGGAGGAAGUGGUGGUGAGAGUGUGAGACAGCGAGAUUCGCCGGCUGCUCCCUACUCCGCCAUCGUGGCGGAGGAUAUUCCAGUUCAGUUCUUCGUGCGCCAUCUUAUGGAGGAGGAAAAUGACGGCACUUGUUGCUUCCCCGCGACGUGCAACAAUGGAAAUGGGAUGGAGAAUGCAUUGUGUUGGCCUGAGCUGCGAGCUUGCUGAGCACAAUGGCGGUGCAGAGAGCGGACGCUGGCUCUUGGCUCCAUGCGCUGGUUCUUGUUUAUGCCUUGUGCUGGGCAUUGUCACUGAGUCUUGUGGUUGUGGAGGGUCAAACUGGUCAGUUGAACGUGGAUGCCUCGUCGCAGAAUGCAAGGAAGAUCCCUGAUAAGAUGUUCGGUAUCUUUUUCGAGGAGAUCAACCAUGCUGGGGCUGGUGGAUUGUGGGCAGAGCUCGUAAGUAACAGGGGUUUUGAGGCUGGUGGACCUAAUACACCUUCAAACAUCGACCCAUGGCUGAUAAUUGGGAAUGAAUCAAGUAUCAUUGUUGGGACUGAUAGGACAUCCUGGUUUGAGCGAAAUCUGGUGGCCCUUCGGAUGGAAAUUUUUUGUGAUUCUAAAGGAACCAGUAUCUGCCCUUCUGGAGGUGUAGGGGUCUACAAUCCUGGUUACUGGGGCAUGAACAUUGAAAGAAGAAAGGUUUAUAAGGUGGCCCUGCACAUUAGAUCUUUGGAUGCAGUAUCCUUGACUGUUUCUUUGACAAGCUCUGACGGUCUCCAGAGAUUGGCCUCUCACACUAUAACGGCUAGCAAGAAACAAUUUGCUAAAUGGACAAAGAUAGAGUUUCAUUUGAAAUCCAGCCAAACCAAUACUAAUUCAAGGCUCCAGCUUACAACCAGUAAAAGUGGGGUGAUUUGGCUCGACCAGGUGUCAGUUAUGCCAUUGGAUACGUACAUGGGACACGGUUUUAGGAAAGAUCUCGCUUCUAUGUUGGCAAAUCUAAACCCUCAAUUUCUCAAGUUUCCAGGUGGUAACUAUGCCAUGGGAAAUUAUCUGCGGAAUGCAUUUCGGUGGAGUGAAACUGUGGGUCCAUGGGAGGAAAGACCUGGACACUUCAAUGAUGCCUGGGGAUACUGGACUGAUGAUGGGCUUGGAUUCUUUGAGUUCCUUCAGCUAGCUGAAGACCUUGGUGCUUCACCAGUAUGGGUGGUCAAUGAUGGAGCAAGCCAAAAUGAAGAGGUGUCUACCGCAACAAUUGCAUCACUAGUGAAGGACGUUGUUGAUGGCAUCGAGUUUGCCAGGGGAGGGCCCGAGACUACAUGGGGUUCAGUUCGUACAGCAAUGGGCCAUCCAAAACCCUUUAACCUUGACUAUGUUUCAAUAGGGAAUCAAGAAUGCUGGAUGCUCUAUUACAGAGGCAAUUACCAAAAAUUCUAUUCUGCAAUUAAAGCUGCCUAUCCAGACAUCAACAUCAUAUCGAGUUGUGAUAAAUCCACUAUUUCUCCAUCCAACUCUGCCGAUCUAUAUGAUGUUCAUGUUUAUACCUCAUCUAGUGAUAUGUUUUCCAGAACUAGUAUGUUUGACAACACACCACGCAGUGGGCCAAAGGCUAUUGUAAGUGAGUAUGCUGUGACCGGAAGUGAUUCUGGCAAAGGAACACUGGUAGCAGCACUAGCAGAGGCAGCAUUUCUGGUUGGAUUAGAAAGAAACAGCGACGUGGUAGAGAUGGCAAGCUGCGCACCACUUUUUGUAAAUGACAAUGAUCGCAGGUGGAGUCCAGAUGCCAUUGUGUUCAACUCAUGGCAGAACUAUGGAUGCCCAAACUACUGGAUGCUACAUUUCUUCAAGGAUUCAAGCGGCGGAAUGCUUCACCCAUCAAACGUCCAGAUCUCCAGCUACAACCAGCUGGUUGCAUCUGCCAUCACUUGGCAGAGUAGCAAAGACAAGAGCACUUACCUGAAAAUAAAGGUGGUGAACUUUGGCAACAAAGCAGUGAAUCUCAGCAUAUCUGUGUCUGGGAUGGAGGAGGGCAUCAAGAGCUCAGGGUCGAAGAAGACGGUGCUUACGUCCAGCGGGCCGCUUGAUGAGAACUCAUUCCAGCAGCCACAAAAGGUGGCGCCGGUGUCGACCCCAAUGGACAAUGCCAAUCAGCAGAUGGACGUGUCGGUUGGCGCCUACUCCCUAACGUCGUUCGACCUGCUUCUGGAACCGAGCAAGCAUUCCUGCUCAUGAUGAACUUGCUAAUAAGUAGGUUGACAGCAACGCAUGUUACAAAUUUGUAACUUGAUGAAGUUGCUUUUAUAAGUAAGCUUAUAAAGUGAGUUUUAAAAAUUAUUACAUCAUAUUUAUGUUUAAAUGAAAGAAAGAAUAAAUACAUAUUGCAAAUUUGUAAUAAGCCGGUAAUGCAUGCUCUAAUAUGUUACCUAUGUACGAGAGCUGAGCCAAUUAUUAUUUAGA